AAAUUUAUAACAUCUAAAACGUUUUUAAUUUAUCGCUUUCUAACGAAUUUGUCUUGUAUUUUGCAAAUAGAUUUUGCUUCUUUUUUACAGAUGUUUUUUUUACUGCUUAGAAAUGGUGUUACCAUGGAAACCCCUCGGCGUCCGUGCGGUAAAAUGAACUACGUUUGUGUAUGUGUGUGUGUGUGUGUGUGUGUGUGUGUGUGUGUGUGUGUGUGUGUGUGUGUGUGUGUGUGUGUGUGUGUGUGUGUGUGUGUGUGUGUGUGUGUGUGUGUGUGUGUGUGUGUGUGUGUGUGUGUGUGUGUGUGUGUGUGUGUCCGGUAACAGUUUAGGGGUGUUUAGGACUUGGACCGUACACAGUGACUAAGCUUGAGACAUGGACAACUGUGAUUUGGAGAAGCUCUCUGUCUCCAAAGGUAAGCUCCAACCAGCAUUCACAGCAGAGGUUACAGACUACAGUGUUACAGUAGAGAGCGAUGUCAACAAAGUGACUCUGGACCUGUCAACAAGUGACUGUGGGGCUUCAUACAAUAUUCUCUUUGGUGACGGCUCCAGAACCAUUACACUGAGUGAUGGGACAAACAGAGUACAGAUCGAGGUGGUGGCUGAAGAUGGUACCACAAAGAAAUACUGUGUGGAAAUCAACCGGCUGUCUGCGAAGAUUGCAGACCUCAGUCAUAUGACCUUGGAAGGAGAUAUUAUACUGCAUCCUGCCUUUUGUAGAAAAAUCUAUGAAUACAAUAGUAUUGUCCCCUUUCACUGUAAUGCAGUGAGCGUGCUUGCAAAGGUGCCCGACAGAAAUAUUAAAUUUACAGUGAAUGGGGAAGACAACUCACAGCCAGUGCCGUUGAAUUUUGGAGACACAGUGGUGGAGGUCUUAGUUUCUUCAGCAGAUGGCAGUAAUUCACAGGUGUACACAGUGUUUGUGACUCGAGAGCUAAUUCCCACAGCAGUGACCUUCAGUGAUGAGAAAGAGCAGCUGGACUAUGAAUGUCCAGUAUCUCUGACUGCUUUUUAUAGACCUGUAUCCAUUAAGAACAGUGACCCAAAGCACAUCUUUUCAAGGCCUUAUAUCGAGAUGCUGGCACGGAGAUCAAAAGUUGACCCGCUCAACAGUUGUCCUCUGGGAGAAGGCUGGAAGGUUGUCGAGCUGGACGUCGAUAAGAAGAUGACGGCUGCUCUGGUCAAGUGUUUCUUUGCUUACAGAGGAUGUGACAAUCUGAUGAAACUGUCCGAGCUGGGGUCACACUUCCUGGACUGUCCUCACAAGCCCACAGGGGAGCUGGAUGCAAAGGAUGUCACAAAGACAAACUGGUAUAAGAAGCACUUUGAAUCAUCUAGUUGUCUGGAGAUAGAGACUCAACACAAUUUGGAGCUGCGUAACUGGGAGGAAAGACUUCAAAUGACAGCUGGGGAAGACAAUGUGGACAAACUGUGCGCCCUAGCCCAAGAUCACAUGAAUUUCUACCACAAGAACCUUCCAAAACCAGGGGACAUGUUGCAGUACGAGGAUGGCCAGUCUCCUCUGCAUAGUCUGGAGCAGGCGGCUUUCCACUACGCGUCAGCCAUCAGACUCAGCUCCAAAGAUGCCAGACUCCACUUCCUCCUUGGUGUCGUUCUGGAGGAGCAGCACCGUGCUAAAGCCAUGUAUGGCCUCCAGAGGAAGGCUGACACAGACCGGGAUGAAUUAAGUGACGCCAAAUCCACAGCUUGUCAGGAUGACAUUCUGGCGGUCUGCAAGCUCCAUGGUUUCCUGGGCACACCGACAGUCCAGAACCAGCUGCAGGCUUUGGAUAAAGAGUACCAGCAGCUCAGAGAACAGGGGCAGUCCAGCAAAGCAGACUACGUUCAGACUCUCUACAUCUGGCUCUCAAAGAACACUGGAAAGGAUAGUAGUGCAGCAGUGAAAGAUGAAGAGAGCUGUGUCCACCAGGCCUUGAUGAAGUACCUGGACGCCUGGUCUAUGAGUCCUGAAAGCUGGGAGUUUAACCUGCACGUGGGGAGGCUGCUGCUGCUGCAGGGGACGAGCAGGGAGGCCCUACAGCACCUGCAAAGUGGCCUGGCAAUGCGGCCCCUUCAUCCCGCACUCAGAUUCUUCACAGGGUUGGCUCUGCUGCAGCAGGAACAGAAAGCCUCUGAGGACGCCGAGAAGGAGGCCGCUGUGUUCUUACAACAGGGACUGGAACACUUUGUCAGCCAGCGAUGCAGCAAGAGCUGGGUGGAGCCGGAUCCUUCAGACCCUCUAUCUAGCCUCAGCACACAGUUCCUGCGAGGUCUUCUCACUCUGGGUUAUCUGCAGCAGAGAAGAGUGUUGUCUGACAAGGCCAUGAGUGCAGAACAAGUCUAUCACAUUGUAGCAGUCCUCGCUGCCCAGAGUGUGAGUCAGUGUGUGUGUCGUGGCGAGGCUAGCUGGCAGCUGGAGUGGGUGCUCCUGGAUGCUCACUUUGCCCUACUGCAAAGGCUGAUCCAGCAGGGUGAGGGCCAGGCCAGAGCUGACAUCCGGAGGCAAUCCCAGGUGGCAAAGAGAAGCCAGGCCCUCACUGCUCUCAUACGUCUCACCUCUAUCGCCCCCUGUCAGGAGCUGCUGGACAUGCAGGAGAGGGCAUGCCAGCUAUCAGUAGUGACAACACCACAGGACUGCCACGCCCUGUGUCUCUUGGGUCUGGCACAGCUGGCUCAAUAUGACAACAAUCCAAAGUCAGACCGGUCCAAAGAAACGCUGACUGAUGCCUGCCUCAGCUUCCAGGCCAGCAUAGAGCUGGAAGAAAAGACUCAGAGCGGAGAGCCACCUGCACAGCUGAGCAAACAAAAGUGGUGGCAGGACCGCCUGGAAGCUGAAAACCAGAAAGCUGCCAAGCAAUCAAUCACUCAACCAGCAGGAGUUAAGGGACCUUCUGACCCCAGGGGGGCAAACAGUGGUGCAAAGCGGGGCAAAGGAGGGCCGGGUCCAGGGCGGUUUGCAGCAGCUGGUACCAAAGCUCCUGUUCCAACACCACCUGCCCUGACCAGAGGAGGGAAAGCUGCCCGGCAUCCAGCUAAAGCCCCUGUAGCAAGGGGGAGAGCUGGAGCAGUAGCCAAGCCUGAUAGAUCACCUAAACCAUCCACCAACUGUAUUAAACCCCAUAUCCCCUCCAGAAAAUCUAAACAGGACUGUUCCUCAAGUGCUGUGGAGAGAGCAGAGGAGCCUGCUGUGGCACAUACAGAGUGCGGGUCUGGUGCAGUGAACCGCAGGUCUCAUAUCUCAAGGUUGGGUCUGGCCCGCGCCCUCUCCCGCUCUGCGGACAACCAGGAUCGACCAUUACAGCUCUACCAUGAGGUCAUCUCCAUGGCACCAGGGGUCCACGAUGCGUACAUUGAGCUCGUUCAGCUGCUGGAGCCAUCAGACCCUCAGGCUGCAGUGGAGGUGUACUGCAGAUUCCCUCUGAAGCCGGUGGCCGAGCAAAGCUUCGAUGAUGCUUUCAUCACAGGAGAGAUCGCCCGCAUGCUGAUGUCACUGGAACAGUUUGAGCAUCCGCAGCUGGGACCAAGCCUCGUAGCAUACGGCAAAGUCAUGGGCCUAAGCUGCAUAGAAAAGUACAUUGAAAUCUUGGAUGAAAAGGGCAACACAAAGCUUCUGAAGAGUGUGUACGCAAAGAUCCACGACCGCCAAGAAGAUGAUCAGGAGCUGCAGGACUUCUUCAGGUUCAAAUGCUGGAUAUGAAAAAGCUAGUCAUCGUUUGACCAAUGUCUACAUUUAUCUUACUUAAUCAAAGAGUAAGUCAGAGUUUCAUACUGUUGGACAAAAAAAA